AUGCUUGUCGGAUAUUAUCCAGCUUAUAAACUUAAUUUAAAACCGGGAGUGGAUUUUAUUAUUAGCUCAUCAAUUGAUUACUUAAACUUUAUUGCAUUUGGCCCAAAUGACCUUGUUAAUAAUGGCAGAAAUAAUAAUAGUGGCGGUGACCCUUUGGUAUUUUUUAACAAUCAAUCUUCCAAAUUUAAUGAUCUGUUAAUUUACAAGUUAAAAGAUAAUCUAAAAUUUAAGAUAAUUCUAUCAGUCUUGCUACCAACUGAUGUGAAUAAUUUAAAUAGUUUCUUUAAUCUUAAUAAUUCGGUGUAUUAUCCGAAUAGCACUCAAAAUUCGAAAUUUAUUAGUGACUUAGUUAGUAUUGUUACUAUUAAUGGUUUUGACGGAAUUGAUAUUGAUUAUCCUUUUAAACUUCCAUGCAGCCCUCAAUAUUUUAGUUCUGUUUUUUCAAGUUUCAUAACUGGCAUAGCAGCAAAAUUAAUUGGUAGUGAUAGGAGUUUAACGAUUACAGCAGGCCAAUAUCCCGUAAAUCUCACCUAUAAUUAUGUUAAUUUUGUAAAUGUUCAGGCAUUUCAUCUUAAUAUAAACGACACGACUACGAGUGCUGGAAUAGACAAAUUCUCACGCAUUUUGAGUUCUUGGAAUGUUUUUGUAAAUAAUUCGAAACUCGUGUUGGGCGUUGAAUUUGGUGGCAUUGUUGAAUUUGUUUCUUCUAAUAGUAUUAAAUCAGAUAUCGAGAAUCAACAUCUUCAACUAGUUAAUGACCCGAAUUUUAAUUUCCCUUUUGCUAAUGAACAAAUUUCAGAGCUGUGUAAAUAUUCAUCAUAUGCAUAUUUGUCAUGGGAAAAUUUAAGUAGUUUAUUAUCAUCAUCAUCUUGUCCUACGAAUCUAACUUCAUCGUCACCAUGGACUAAUGGCUUUGUUAGCAGUGCAAAACAACCAUAUCUUUACCAACAACAAGACUCUUCAAAAUACUAUGUUACUUUCUAUGAAGAUUAUCAGUCGUUAAGUGCUAAACUCGACUAUAUAAAUAAUAAUAAUUUAGCAGGAAUUGGGAUUGCAGACAUCACCAAAGAUUCGAAAGAUUUACAAUUGACAAACUUUUUUUUUGGAAUUCAACCAAGUCCAUUGGGAAAAAAUGGGACUACAAGUACCUCUCCACCUUCAUCCACACCUUCAUCCACACCCAGAUCACCUAUAUCUCCGCUCAAUAUAGGUGUAAUAGUAGGUAGUAUAGCAGGCUCCAUUGUUUUUGCUGCCGCAUUAGUGGCUGCUGGCUUUAUAUUAUAUCGAAGAAAACACAAGGUAAACAAUGCUGUAACAACUGUCGUAGCAUUGUAUGACUAUGCAGGAAAAGAAGAAAAUGAUUUGUGUUUUAAGGCCGGGGAUAUUAUUGAAAUACUUGAGAGAGGAAGUGGGCCUAAUGAUUGGUGGGUGGGUAGAUUACGUGGUGUUGUAGGUGAAUUUCCUGAGCGUUUAUCUUUGAGGCAUAAAAAAAUCGAAUAA